GUUUACACUAACGCAAGCUUUCUUAUUACAACACACAGAAGAAGAUAAAAUCUCGUUGCUGUCGUUAAUUCUCGCGAUAUUAUAUUUGUCAGCAUGGCUGCUUCCACGAGCAGCGGUGGCGGCAGCGCUGUUAAAGAAAGUGAAAAUUCUGUAAAUAAAGAUGCAGAUACAGAGACAGCAGAGUUUUCCCCUGGUUUUAAAGACGUGGAUACCUUUGUUAAGUAUGGACUCGGCUCUGUCAUGGCCGCAACAAAAGCGUCUGCCGGUUUGCCGCAAGCAGGAGACGAAUAUGACUUUUACCGGAGCUUUCCGGGCUUCCAGAAUUUCUGUUCAGUGCAAGGAGGCCGACUGUUACACUGUAUGAGUCAGCUGAUGCAGCACCAUGGCUGCAGAUCACGCUUGAUGGACCGGAGCAAGCUGACUGGCCUGGAGGAGCGCUUUGACAUGGUGGUCGACGCCAACGAUACCAUCUUGGAGAAAGUGGGGAUUUUACUGGACGAGGCUUCCGGAGUGACCCGGUCACAGCCUGUUAUGCCUGCAGGCUAUCAGCCUCCCAAAAUUGUUGUGUCUAGUUGGAAUCGCAAGGGAGGUGACAGCAACGCCGAGACCUUCCGCCUCCUUCAAGCCAAGAACAUUCAGAGGCCGCAGCUAAAGUUUAAGGAGAAAGUCGACAACAGCAACACGCCGUUCAUCUCUAGAAUCUUCAUCAAGCCCAACGCGUUACAGCCACUGGCUCCAUAUUUUAGCAACAAACGUGUGCGGAAGGAGAGGCCUGAGGAUUCGGAUGUCCCUGUAGCACUGGCCGACUUUAUCCACCAGCUGAGAACGCAAGAUCACAUGGAAGACAUGUUUUCUCAUCCUUACCAGUACGAGCUGGACCACCUGGACAUGCCGGAGAGUCUCGAGAGUAAACCUGAACCACAGAUGUAUAAAGCUCUAGCAGAGACGAAUUGCCAGUUCAUCAACACCUUGGAGGAUCUGGCUGCUUUAAACGAGAAGCUGAACAAGAUGACCGAGUUCGCUGUCGACCUGGAGCACCAUUCCUACAGAAGCUUUCUGGGAAUCACAUGCUUGAUGCAGAUCUCCACCAGAGAAGAGGAUUUCGUCAUCGACGCCCUCGAGCUGCGGAACGAGAUGUACAUCCUGAACGAGAGCUUCACCAAUCCCAGCAUUGUGAAGGUUUUCCAUGGCGCCGACUCGGAUAUUGUGUGGCUGCAGAAAGACUUCGGCCUCUACGUGGUCAACAUGUUCGACACUCACCAAGCUGCUCGCUCGCUCAACCUUGGCAGAAACUCCUUAGAUCACCUACUCAAAGUCUUCUGCGACGUGGACUCGAAUAAACGCUACCAACUCGCCGACUGGAGAAUACGACCUUUACCAGAGGAGAUGAUCAAAUAUGCCCAGGCUGACACACAUUACCUGCUCUAUGUGUAUGACCGACUAAGAGCGGAUCUGUUUGACGCGGCUAACGGACAACCAGGUCUCGUCCAGGUCGUCUGGUCCAAAAGCAAAGAUCUCUGCCUAAAGAAAUACAUGAAGCCAAUCUUCACUGAGGAAUCGUAUAUGGAGCUGUACAAAAAGCAGAAGAAGAGCUUCAACAGCCAGCAGUUAACUGCCUUCCGUCUCAUGUAUGCUUGGAGGGAUAAACUAGCAAGAGCGGAAGAUGAGAGCACUGGGUAUGUCCUACCCAACCACAUGAUGAUGAAAGUUGCUGAGGAGUUACCCAGGGAGCCGCAGGGCAUCGUUGCUUGCUGUAACCCCACCCCACCACUGGUGCGCCAGCAGAUCAACGAACUCCAUCAGCUCAUCAAGCAAGCGAGGGAAGUUCCACUGCUGAAGGCGGAGCUACUGGCAGAAAAGAAGAAAUCGCUGACACCUAAACGAAAGCCUGAGUCGAUGUUGUUCGGUCCCCAUGACUCCUCGCGUGUGGCCGAGAGCGACCUUAUGGAGCUCUCUUCCCAUGAAACCCCGACCAAACCUGGAGUCCUUUUCUCAGAGGAAGAUGAUGCACAUCUUAGUGAUGACCUGAAGUCUGUGGAUGGCCUCAUAGCUUGUGCAAAAAUCUCCCUCUUUGGGGAGGAAGAGGAGGUCCGUGAAUCCGCUCACUUCACCGUGGCCCAGCAGAAAGCUCGCAGCAUCAUGGAGUCUUUUGAAAACCCUUUCAGAAUGUAUUUACCUUCAAAAGAUAUACACAUCUCCAAAAAUGCGAAAUACGACCCUUCGUCCAAGAUUUACGAGAUCAGUAAUCGGUGGAAGCUGCAGAGUACUGAACAGCAGCAGAAGGAGACUCAGGCUAAACAGCAAGCGAAGGAGCAGGCAAAGAAAACUAAAGAGGAGCGUAAAAAAGCCAAACAGAGCUAUCAGGAGUCCCUGCAGAAUGUCACUACAGUCAGACAGCAGGUCCUGGAAGCAAAGCAUGGAGGACAGAAGAGAGAGAGGGUUACGAGUGAAGAGGGCGAAGAAACUUGCAAACCGAAGAAGAAAACUUUGAAAACUGGGAAGUCCAGCGCCGCUUCUCCUGCGACUUCUAAAGCAAGCCAGCAACAAGAGUCUGAAGAUCCUCAACAGGCCCCGUCUGCUACCUUCACACCUUACAACUACAGCCAGACUGAUUUCAAACUGUUUGCAGGUAAACCCAAAGACUCCACACAGUUCGAUCCAAACAGACAGGCGUAUGAACAUAAACGGAAGAAAAAGCUUAAAGGAAAUAAGCCAAGUGCUGCUGGAGGCCGGAGCAUGUCCUACCUGCCUGCAAAAUCUGACAGAGGAUUUCGUCACAACUGGCCCAAGAGAUAAGAAUCUCUACAGUUUUGUUUUUGUUUUUUAAAUGUGGGUCAUUUUAUCUAUAUAUUUAUAUAUAGCACAUUUGGGGAAAUGAUACACAAUGCUGUAUACAAAUUCUGGAAGACCUUUCAUUAAAAUGAACCUUCUAAAUAUUGGUUUCUUUUGAGUUGUUUUGGGGUUUUUUUUGCUACCUACAAAACAUGUGGAAGUGUCCUAAUAAACAUACAACAAGGACCAAAUUUAAAUUUAAUUUAAUUUAAUGUGUGAUUAGUGGUGCAUCUUCUGGAAUUAUUCCUAAAAUAAAGCAUCACAGUGAGAGCUGUUUAUGAAUGAAGAAUUAUUUCAGAAGUGAGUAAAUUAAUUAAAAAUUUGAAGAUUUAGACUCGGAGUCAAAGCGGAUACGUUUUACAAGAUUCUCUAUAGUUGUAUCUAUUAGUAUAUCUUUGGGAAGAAAUGUUAGGCUAUUUUGAAAGUUUCUGUGAUUUUAAUCUGCCUAAUAUAGAUUUCUGUAAAGUAAAUAACAUCAGGAUUAUUGCCAUCUGGUUAAUUUAGGGGUUGGAAGACUUUUUGCACCAAAAAUAAUGAACAGUUCCAUUGUGAUUUCAUCAUCAUUUAUUUUUAUUAUUAUAAUCAAACACCUGUAUGACGUACCAGGCUUAUAUAUGUAAAAAUAUAUUUUAUUUAUUUUUUGGAGACAUUUGAGCUUAUCUCUGAAUGUUGUUUUAGUGUGAUAUCAUUUUAAAGCUAUCCUGUAUCUGUAACCAGUCAAUUAAGUUAUAAAAGCUAUAAUAAAAAUGACUAACAACUAUAAACGUGUAUAUAGUGUAAUGUUCAUGGUAGUUAUACCACAGCACUGUUUAAUCCUUGAUCCUGACUGAUCACAUGAUGUUGGUUAAUCCUCUAUAACAGCAGCUCUGACAGCAGUACAAAUUCAAAUCACCGGUUUAUUUAAAGCAGUCAUUCUCAUAUUCUUGUUAUUCGUGGUGGUGUUUUUUUACUUUACACACACACUUCUAUGGCAAAUGCACCAUGUCUAAAGUCAAAUAAGAUUUUUUUAAAAGUGCGUUAUUUAACGAAGAAUAAUAUAAUUGCAGAUAUGAUGAUGCUUUCUGUAAGGAGUCUUAGUCUCUGAACGAGAAACUGAGGAAAUGUUUAUAGCAGCUAGAACAUAAGUGAUAACAUGAACGCCUUUUGCAGAUACCCCAAAACAUG